AGAUGGGGGCCAGCUGGUCUGCACAGAUUUUCAGGCAGGAUGGAGACACAGCGUAGGUCCAGAAGCCUUCCUGAUCUUCUGCCUCUGGAGUCCUCUUCACAGAUCAUGAGUGCAAGUGAGGGAUCAGAGAGAGGGCCAGACUUUGAAAGCUCUGAGAGACAUUGGAUCUAGAUCUGUAAUGAAAUAAUCUACAGCACUGCCAAGAGCUGAGCUAUAAGUGCAGCGACCCAGAGUCCCCUCUUAGCCUGCCAUUGACUAUGUACAGACCCAGAGUACGGCAGAGCUGUAAAAGCUGCAUACUGCUUGUAUUAGGAAACUCUUCCUCUCUCUGUAGGUCACUUUACUUCCUGUUAGUGAUCAUACUGAUCAGCAUGGCAUAUUGCCGUAUUUUAGUGAAACAAAUCCACCAUCAGACUGUGGGAGAACAAAGUCCUGGAUCUGAAACAAACACAGGUUCACAUGGAAAUAUGGACGCUAAGCUCCUUUGAAUUCUUUACACAGUCACAUGUUUUAAGUGACAACAGAGCUCUGACAGAAGACACGCCCACUGGCUAUAAGCCCCACCCCCACAGUGAUGCCAUCAUUUGGCCCAACAGCAGCAGCAGCUCAGACUGAGAGAGACUGAGGAACCCAACCAUCAGACACUAGAAGAAGAAGAAGAAGAUGGCCGACUCGACCAGCAGCAGCUGCUCAGACUCUUCAUCAUCAUCCAACUCCUCCUCUUCCUCACUCAGAGACCUCUCACACUCAGCCUUACAGCUGACUCAAUGGAAAGACCCGAGGAAAUCGGCGGUGGCGUUCGGCUUGUCGAUGCUGGUUCUUGUCUCCUUGGCAACGCUUUCUGUCAUCAGCGUGGUGUCCUACAUGCUGCUGACUCUACUCUGUGUCACCAUCACUUUCAGGGUUUAUAAAUCAGUGAUCCAUGCCGUCCAGAAAUCAGACGAAGGUCAUCCAUUCAGGUCCCUGUUGGAAAGGGACAUCUCGGUGUCCUCGGAGGUGGUCAGGCAGCUGGCUGAUCAGUCUCUGAUCUACCUGAACUGGUUCAGCAGUCAGACCAGGAGGCUGUUGCUGGUUGAAGACCUGGUGGACUCUCUGAAGCUGGCUGCGGUCAUGUGGAUGAUGACGUACGUCGGAGCCAUCUUUAACGGGGUCACCAUCCUCAUCAUCGCUGACAUUGUGUUCUUCACCACGCCGCUGAUCUACCAGAAGAAAAAGACGCAGAUUGAUCAGCUGAUCGAGCUGAUUGGCUCCAGAGUGGAGGCGACGCUGCACAGGCUGCAGGACCGCUUACCUGGAGCUGUGAAAAGAACCAAACCUGAGUGACACCUGACCUGCACCCCUCCUCCUCUGAUUGGUCUGUUUGUCAGUGACUCACCUGCUGAAUUAAUUCAUGUAAUAAAAUCCUGACUGAAAUGA